GGAGCGUUGUUUUUGUCGUAUUUUGUGCAAAAAAAAAGAGAAAGAAUUUGUUUCGCUCCUAAAUUUAGCUAAAACAUAAAAAAACAUGCUGUGAUAUUUCGAAGUGUAAUGAUCUUAAAAUAUUUUAGUGAAUAUAAGAUUUCUUUAUAGUUUACUAACAUAACCUAAAAGCGGUUGACGCGAUCUCCAAAAAUGUUUUCUAUCUGCCGCCAAACACACCCAGCGACUGGGAUCGAGCACGCUGUGAGCUGCUGCUUCUUCAGCACCGAUGAAGUGUGCUUGGUCACCGCUGGAGCGAAUAUUAUCAAGGUCUUCAGGCUAUUCCCUGAGGGCCAAACCAAAGAGGUCAAUGCCGCUGGUCAGCAAAUACCCCCUAAGAUGAAGCUUGAAUGCCUCGCAACCUACACGCUAUGGGGCAACGUGAUGUCCAUGGCAUCAGUACGAUGCCCCAGUGCUGGCAGAGACCUACUGCUGGUGUCGUUCAAGGAAGCCAAGCUGUCAGUACUACAAUAUGACCCGCAGACGAACAAUCUGAUCACUUUGAGCAUGCAUUACUUUGAAGAAGAUGAUAUGAAGAAUGGCUGGACAACACACCCACACAUUCCAUGGAUCCGAGUAGACCCAGAGUGCAGGUGUGCAGUGAUGCUGCUGUAUGGAAAGAAACUGGCAGUGCUCCCGUUCAGAAAAGAUAUCACAUCUGAAGACGGUGACCCGCUUGAGGCAAAACCGUUCAAUGAUACUAAGAAAAAUGCGCCCACACAAACUAUGACCCGUGCACCCACUCUCGCCUCCUACGUCAUAGUUCUCAAGGAGUUGGAUGAGAAGAUAGACAAUAUACUGGACAUACAGUUCUUGCACGGAUACUAUGAGCCUACACUGCUGUUGCUGUAUGAGCCUGUGAGGACUUUUGCUGGCCGCACGGCCGUGCGCAACGACACGUGCGCGAUGGCCGGCGUGAGCCUGAACAUGAGCGCGCGCGUGCACCCCGUCAUCUGGGCCACGGCGGGGCUGCCCUUCGACUGUCUACAAGCUGUGCCGGUUCAGAAGCCGCUGGGUGGCUGUCUUAUAAUGGCGGUGAAUUCACUGAUCUACCUCAACCAAUCGGUGCCACCGUAUGGAGUAUCCCUCAACAGUAUAGCGACACACACGACUAACUUUCCUCUCAGAAUCCAGGAAGGUGUGUGCAUCACUCUAGACGGGGCUUGCGUAGCGCCACUGGGAGAGGCUCGCUUGGCGCUGUCACUGCGCGGUGGACAGCUAUACGUGCUGACACUGCUGUCUGACAGCGUGCGCAGCGUACGAAGUUUUCACUUGGACCGCGCCGCCGCCUCCGUUCUUACUACUUGUAUGUGCGUGAUAGAAGAGGACUUCCUAUUCCUCGGAUCUCGUCUCGGUAACUCGCUUCUCCUACGAGUGACAGAGAGAGAAAACCGCAUGUUGUUCUCUGUGGAGAAACCUUUGGAAGCUACUGUGGAUCUGACUGUCUCUGACGCUGAAAGAGAGAAAGAAAAAGAGAAAGAAGCGAGCUCAAACAAAGACCAGUCUCAACAAAAAGACGACCCGGCGUCCAAGAAACGUCGCCUCGACUCGCUGAGCGAUUGUGUGGCGACCAACGUCAUAGAGAUCAGCGAUAAGGAUGAGCUGGAAGUCUAUGGCUCAGAUAUCAGGACUUCUACGCAGUUGACCAGUUAUGUCUUUGAGGUGUGCGAUUCCCUCCUAAACAUCUGCCCUAUAGGCGAUGUUUCAAUGGGCGAACCGCAGCUUCAAACAGCCGGCGACGCAGAAACUGAAGCCGAGCCUUCCAUCGAGUUAGUGGCCUGCAGCGGCCGCGGCAAGAACGGAGCCCUGACUGUCCUGCAGAGGGCGCUGCGGCCGCAUCUGGUCACUGCCUUCACUCUGCCAGGCUGCCUGGACAUGUGGACGGUGAUCGGCGAGCCAGCCGAAGGUCAGAGCUCCCGCGAAGUGCACAAAGACAUGGAGGGUACGCACGCAUAUCUUAUACUCACGCAGGACGACUCUAGUAUGAUCCUCCAGACCGGGCAGGAGAUCAACGAGGUAGACAACUCUGGCUUCAUGACGGGCUCGCCGACCGUGUUCGCGGGCAACCUCGGCCACAACCGGUUCAUGGUGCAGGUCACCACCACCGCCAUCCGGCUCAUCAAGAAUGGCACCAACAUCCAAUCCAUUCAGUUCGAGUGGACGGCGGAAUAUGCCAACACGGCUGAUCCCUACGUAUGCGUGGUGUCCACUUGUGGGCGAGCGCUGGUAUUGGCCCUGAGAGAGUUCCGCGCUAAGGAUGGGACGCAAACGGGGCGUCUAGCACCAACUCGGCAAGCGGUGCCGGCGCGGCCGGCCCUAGCACGCUGCGUGCCUUAUCGGGACUUGAGUGGGUUGUUGGCACCGCCAGAUGCUCAUCCUGCACAGGUGAAGGGCGAGUUCCAAGGCAAAGCGCCCAGCAACGUGAAAGCCGAAGGCCUUAAGCCGGGCGCCAUCUAUGAGCUCAACGACGACGACGAACUUCUCUACGGCGGCGACCAGACGCCCGCUUCUAUGGCCAGUAUAAUGUUAGCAGAACAGUCCAAGAAUCCAGGCGUUCCUCGCCGCAUCUCGCGCUGGUGGAAGAAACAUCUAGUGGAGGUCAAGCCUACGUACUGGCUGUUCGUGAUCCGACGCAACGGGAACUUAGAGUUAUACUCACUGCCGGAGAUGAGACUGAGCUUUUUGGUCAGAGACGCUUGCGCGGGACAUAGGAUCCUAGCAGACAGCCUAGAAUCAGUCCCAGUCAUGCCGAACCCAGCGGAAGACGAGCAACUCAACUCUUCGCAUCACAACGCGUCAGUGGACCGACUGCGAGAACUACUGGUGGUUGGGCUCGGGAACAAAGGCUCGCGAGUGCUGAUGCUGAUGCGCUGCGAUAACACGCUGAUGGUCUACCAGGCUUACAAAUACCCCCGAGGCAACUUAAAGAUGCGUUUCUCCCGAAUGAACGUGAGCUUUCCAUUCGGUUACGCGGGCGGCGAUCCGGCGCCCGCUGACUCGUACGAAGGCACCUUCCUAAGGGAACACGUGAGGCAGAUGCGGUACUUUGGAAACGUGGGCGGUUACAACGGGGUAUUCAUCUGCGGGCCCACGCCCUACGUGCUGCUACUGACGGCCCGCGGGGAGAUCCGGCUGCACCCGCUGGCGGCCUCAGACACCACCGUCGUCGCCUUCGCUUCGUUCAACAACACCAACUGUCCGCAGGGCUUCCUGUACUUUACUGCCGAUUCGGAGCUCCGCAUCUGCGCUCUACCCACCCACCUAUCCUACGACGCUCCCUGGCCAGUGCGGAAAGUCCCCAUCCGAAUGACGCCGCACUUCGUGACGUACCACAUGGAGUCCAAGACUUAUUGCCUGGUCGCGUCUACGUCACACCCCACGCAGACUUACUACAAGUUUAAUGGGGAAGAUAAGGAGAAGUCUAAUGAGAAUAAGGGAGACAGAUUCCCGUACCCGCUUCAAGAGCGGUUCUCCGUGGCGCUGUUCUCUCCGGUAUCCUGGGAGCUGAUCCCCAACACGCGCAUCGAGCUGGACGACUGGGAGCACGUCACCUGCCUCAAGAACGUGGCGCUGUCCUACGAGGGCACCAGGGCACCAGGUAUCCAUCUUAGAAGGACACCAGGUAUCCACAUCAGAAGGACACCAGGUAUCCAACUCAGAAGGACACCAGGUAUCCAUCUCAGAAGGACACCAGAGCGGUUCUCCGUGGCGCUGUUCUCUCCGGUCUCCUGGGAGCUGAUCCCCAACACGCGCAUCGAGCUGGACGACUGGGAGCACGUCACCUGCCUCAAGAACGUGGCGCUGUCCUACGAGGGCACCAGAGGGCACCAGGUAUCCAUCUCAGAAAGACACCAGGUAACUGUCUCAGAAGGACACCAGGUAUCCAACUCAGAAGGACACCAGGUAACCGUCUCACUUGGGCACCAGGUAUCCAUCUCAGAAGGACAACAGGUAUCCACCUCAGAAGGACACCAGGUAUCCACCUCAGAAGGACACCAGGUAUCCAUUUCAGAAGAACACCAGGUAUCCAACUCAGAAGGACACCAGGUAUCCAACUUAGAAGGACAACAUGUAUCCACCUCAGAAGGGCACCAGGUAUCCGCCUCAGAAGGACACCAGGUAAAUGUCCCAGAAGGACACCAGGUAUCCACCUCAGAAGGACAACAGGUAUCUACCUCAGAAGGACAACAGGUAUCCACCUCAGAAGGACACCAGGUAACCGUCUCAGAAGGACACCAGGUAACCGUCUCAGAAGAACACCAGGUAUCCAUCUCAGAAAGACAACAGGUAACCGUCUCACCAGGGCACCAGGUAACGCUUCAAGAGCGAUUCUCUGUAGCGCUGUUCUCUCCGGUCUCAUGGGAGCUGAUCCCGAAUACGCGCAUCGAGCUUGACGACUGGGAGCACGUCACCUGCCUCAAGAACGUGGCGCUGUCCUACGAGGGCACCAGGUAA